AUGGUUAAAAGCAUUUUUAAUGCUAAUGUGACUGUAUUGAUUAUGGGUGAGAGUGAAUGCCUCCUUCAGGAAAGAUCGCACAAUUUACCAAAUAUCAGACCGAGGCUAUAUGGACUAGUGACUCCGAUCAGCACCAGUGCAGAUGGAAGCUUUAUCUCCAAUAUUCUCUCCGCAAAUCACCAAAGAAGAUUAACAAGGGAUGUGUCCCAAAGCCCCAAACAACUGUAUUUUAACAUCACAGCUUUUGGAAGGGAAUUCCAUCUCAGGCUGAGGCCUAACACGCAUCUGGUGGCUCCAGAGGCUGUAGUGGAAUGGUAUGAAGACUCGGUGGAAACUGGAAAUGGAACUGAGGCUGGUAACGAAAGUCAGACUAGAAGCGCAACAGAGCGGAUAUGGAAAAAAGAGCCUCUGUGGACCAAUUGUGCAUAUGUUGGAGACAUCACUGAUAUUCCGGGAGCAUCCGUUGCUAUUAGCAACUGCGAUGGUCUGGCUGGAAUGAUAAGAACUGAUAAGGAUGAAUAUUUCAUUGAACCUUUGGAAAGAGGCAAACAAAUGGAAGAAGAGAGAGGAAGAAUUCACGUGGUCUACAAGAGAUCAGCUGUAACACAAGAUCCCGGCGACAUGCUCCUAGACUUCCAUACGGAAGCGUCUCUUCUCAGCGGACUGGACGGUCUGGAUUCCAUGUACAGCAACGUAGAGCAGCAGCUAAAUGAAACGCUGAGACGACGCAGGCAUGCAGGAGACAAUGACUACAACAUUGAAGUGCUUCUAGGAGUGGAUGAUUCUGUAGUCCGAUUCCACGGCAAAGAACAUGUUCAAAACUACCUCCUCACCCUUAUGAACAUAGUGAACGAAAUUUACCACGAUGAAUCCCUUGGUGUCCACAUAAAUGUGGUGCUGGUGCGAAUGAUAAUGCUGGGAUAUGCAAAGUCCGUCAGCUUGAUUGAAAGGGGAAACCCCUCAAGAAGCCUGGAGAAUGUUUGCCGCUGGGCCUACCAGCAACAGAAGUCGGAUCCCAAUCAUUCUGAGCACCAUGAUCAUGCCAUUUUUUUAACCAGGCAAGAUUUUGGGCCUGCUGGUAUGCAAGGAUACGCUCCCGUCACUGGCAUGUGUCACCCUGUAAGAAGCUGCACUCUCAACCAUGAGGAUGGGUUUUCUUCAGCUUUUGUUGUUGCCCAUGAAACUGGUCAUGUGCUGGGAAUGGAGCAUGACGGGCAAGGGAACAGAUGUGGGGAUGAGACGGCUAUGGGGAGUGUCAUGGCUCCUUUGGUGCAGGCUGCAUUUCAUCGUUACCACUGGUCCCGGUGCAGUGGCCAAGAACUCAAAAGAUACAUACACUCCUAUGACUGUCUCCUUGAUGACCCCUUUGAACACGAUUGGCCCAAACUUCCUGAACUGCCAGGAAUCAAUUAUUCCAUGGAUGAACAAUGCCGCUUUGAUUUUGGUGUUGGUUACAAAAUGUGCACAGCGUUUCGAACCUUUGACCCAUGUAAGCAGCUGUGGUGUAGCCAUCCAGAUAAUCCAUACUUCUGUAAAACUAAGAAAGGGCCUCCACUCGAUGGCACAGAAUGUGCCCCAGGGAAAUGGUGCUAUAAAGGUCACUGUAUGUGGAAGAAUGCUAACCAGCUGAAACAGGAUGGCAACUGGGGAUCCUGGACAAAGUUUGGCUCCUGCUCACGGACCUGUGGUACCGGCGUUCGCUUCAGAACACGCCAGUGCAACAAUCCAAUGCCAGUCAAUGGUGGUCAAGAUUGCGCCAGUGUCAAUUUUGAGUAUCAGCUUUGCAAUACAGAAGAAUGUCCAAAGCACUUUGAGGACUUCAGAGCACAGCAGUGUCAGCAGCGUAAUUCCCAUUUUGAACAUCAGAAGAGCAAACACCACUGGCUGCCCUAUGAGCACCCUGAUGCCAACAAAAGAUGCCACUUAUACUGCCAGUCCAAAGAAACUGGAGACAUUGCUUAUAUGAAACAACUGGCACAUGACGGGACUCGCUGUUCUUAUAAAGAUCCAUACAGCAUUUGUGUGCGUGGAGAGUGUGUGAAAGUGGGCUGUGACAAGGAAAUUGGUUCCAACAAAGUUGAAGAUAAAUGUGGUGUCUGCGGUGGAGAUAACUCUCAUUGCCGAACGGUCAAAGGGACCUUUACCCGAACUCCCAAAAAGCCCGGGAAACAUUUAAGCAAGAGGUGCCAAAGAGAAUUCAAGUUGCUGGAAAAUGAAAUCUGGAAGACAAGAGGAGCAUUCACUUUGCCCAAAGGAGCUCGCAAUAUUUCCCUCUCUGAAACAAGGGAGUCUAGAAAUAUUCUGGCCAUUAAGAACCAGGCUACUGGACACUAUAUUCUGAACAGGAAAGGGGAGGAGGCCAAGUCAAGGUCCUUCAUUGAACUUGGUGUGGAGUGGGAAUACAACAUAGAAGAUGACAUAGAAACUCUUCAUACUGAUGGCCCUUUGCAUGAUGCUGUUGUUAUAUUGGUCAUUCCUCAAGAGAACGACACAAGAUCUAGCCUGACUUACAAAUACAUCAUUCAUGAGGAUUCAGUACCCACAAUCAACAGUAACAACGUUCUUCAGGAUGAAAUAGAUACUUUUGAGUGGGCUUUGAAGAGCUGGUCCCAGUGCUCCAAACCUUGUGCUGGAGGUUUCCAAUACACGAAAUAUGGGUGCCGAAGGAAAAGUGAUAACAAAAUGGUUCACCGCAGCUUCUGUGAAGCCAGCAAAAAACCAAAGCCUAUUCGUAGAAUGUGCAAUCUGCAGGAAUGCACACAGCCACUUUGGAUAGCAGAUGAAUGGGAAUACUGCACAAAAACCUGUGGGAGUUCUGGUUACCACAUCCGUACUGUGCGCUGCAUUCAACCUCUUCACGACGGCGCAAACCGCUCGGUCCAUAUCAAGUACUGUAGUGGGGAUCGCCCUGAGAGCCGCAGGCCAUGUAACAGAACGCCAUGCCCUGCGCAGUGGAAAGCUGGACCCUGGGCUGAGUGUUCUGUGACCUGUGGGGAAGGAACUCAGUCCAGGCAGGUCACAUGCCGUGCUGGUGACCAGUGUGAUGGAGAAAAACCUGAAUCAGUGCGGGUUUGUAAGCUUGCUCCCUGUAAUGAUGAGCCCUGCCUGAGAGACAAGUCAAUAUUCUGUCAAAUGGAAGUGCUCGCACGCUAUUGCUCCAUCCCUGCCUAUAACAAGCUGUGCUGUGAGUCUUGCAGCAAGCGCAGCAGCACCCUCCCGCCUCCUGACCUUACUGAAGCUGCUGAAACCAAAGAGGAAGUGAUGUUCCAUCCUAGUGACCUACCUAGGGCCUUGGCGAUGCCGACAUCUUUAGUACCUCAGCACGCAGAUGUCGCUGAUGAGAACAGAAGUUCUGUAGGCAGGAUGCCUCCUAGGGAAGAGGACAUAGAUGUACUUGUUUCUACAUCAAAUAGUAAGUCCAAAGGUGCUGAGUUACCCCAGAGGAGAGCUUACCAAGCAGGAAGUCAGACUUCUAGGCUGAUUGCAGUGCCAUAUCAGUCACCUACCAAGAUUGGCAAUCUGUCCCCAAUGCAUCCCAUGGUAGCAGUUAACAACACUUCUACAGGUGCUCUUUCUCCAGCUAGAACCUCAAGGAAAAAUAAGAAGCAUGUUGAAAAGAGACAUGCUUUGAGAUCAUCCACGGUGGAAAGAUAAAAGUGAAUGCAAAAAGGAGGAUAGUAACAGAAAUCUUUUGUUCAGGACACCAUGGUGCAUGCUGCUUUCCAGAAGCAGAACUCUCUACAGGUCAUUUUAGUUGUAAAUAAAAAACAAAGUGCUGGUUCACUUUCUAGUUGCUGCCAUCCUCCUACACUUCAUUAUCUGGUUAGCUUGAAUGCAUGGGAGGAAAGCACCAAAGAAUAUUCACAUCAAUGAAAGAAAGUUGCCGAGUGUGGUGGUCAUUCUCUAGUAUAGGAAAAGUGGCCAGAGCCUAUUUUGCACAUCAGCUAAUUGUUUUUAUUUUUAAAAGAUCACAUGUGGGGGGGGGGACAUCACCACCAGAAGAGGUACCAAAAGUUUACACUUUUACAAAAUAUUUUUGCAGUGGAACAUCAGAAUCCAUAAGACUUGUAUUGCUAAUUUAUCUAUAUAAACAAAUAUUGUAUGAGCAAAUUUUCAGCUGUUGUGUAUAUACUGUAUAUUGCAGAAAAAUCAGUAUUAUUUUUAAGAGUUUUGUGCUGUCAAACAAUUGUUUACCUAUGUUACAUUUCUGGACAUUUACUAGGUGCCUGCCAUUGAGUACUGCCUUCCUUACAUUCCAGGAGUUGAUUUUCAAAGCAGCAUUUUAAUUAAAAGAGGAGCUCCAUUUUAAUAUAGCUUACAGCUACUGACCUUAGGAAGAUCUUUAUUUUUAAUAUCAACAAUGUGAUGCUUUCUUUUUGAGGGGAGAGGGGGAACUGCCAUCUUACUGGUCCAAACCUACUCAUCACCUACCAAUUAAAAAGUCUGUUCAGCAGCAUAACAAUUUUAAAUCACAGGUAGAAGAAACUGACGAAAUGUGCCAGUGAAAUCAAUGCUAACACCCCUACCCUCUACUUAGCAGACAUUGUUUAGGUCUAGAACUAGCAGUGCCUUCUCUGAAUUCUCCUUUUGCCUAAGAGGGACAGACUAGUGUAGUACGUGAAAAAAGUAACUCUGUAUAUGUUAAGUACUGUACUGUUCACAAGACCAAUGUGAGUUGUGUUUUCUGGAUGAGCUGUUUGCUUCUGAAUCUGAAAGAGCAUCACAGAGCUAGAGUAGGCACUAAUAAGUAGUAGCUGUGGCAAGUUUUAAAAUGGAUGUUUUUCCUGAUUAAAGCAUUGAUUUAAAGGCAAGAGAGAUAUUUAUUUUUCAGCAUGGUUCACCUUGAAAUCUCCACAACCACAAUGCAUCUGACUGCAAUCAUUGCUAGUAAUUUAUGUCAAUAACCAUCUUUCUCAGUUCAUCCAGUCAUGCUCUCUCCUGCGUGUUGCUGUAAAGUACUUGUAUAUAGGAUUGAGAACUAAAGAUAUUUAUUAAAAGUUGAAUUCUUGAUAGUAUUUUAUGUACGAAAUAUUUACACUAAUAGCAGUGACUUUCGCCAAGAUAAAAUAGAGAUGUAAUUAGAUACAUGUACAUGCUAUAUCAUAUGCAUAGAACAGAAAUUGAAGCUAACUAAACUACUGUAGAUGAAUUGUUGGUCUAAUUUCUUUUUUAAAAAAAUCUUAAAGCCAUUGUCAAUUACAAACAUCUUUAGGUUUUUAAAUAGUUUACUAAAGUUUGAUGUGCAAUUUUUGUCCUGUCUGAGCAAACUGUUUUAUUAAACAGUGAAUUUGCAGCACUAAAAACACUAUGAAAUAUAUUAGGACUCCAUGGAUCACAUUUUGGAAACAGACUAAGAAAUGUGUGUAGUAAUUUUGUGGGAUUGCUGAGAUGACGUUAGAAUGCAAAUCUCUUUCAGGAAACCCUAAUGUCAACUAGAAUGUAAGUAAAUUAACCCUCAAAAGAGAAUAGGAUCACGUCUGUCUUGCAUUAUGAUGUUUGUAAUCUAAUCCACUGAAGUAUUGACUCGAUGCCUCUAAAGAAUUGCUGCUACUUUUAUGCAAGGCUUUUGAAGGUCUAAAGAAAUUAGCAUUAUAUAGAUUGUGUACAGACAAUCCCUGAGCCUCAAACAGACCAAUAGGAUAUGUAUUUGCUUCCUUGGAAUUCCCCAGAAGUCAAAUUCUCUCUCUCUCUUUAUCUUUCACAUAUAUACAAUAUGGAUGUAGAUACUCCUUGUACCUUUUUGCUUUCUUUUCUACCAAGCUAAUUUCUCUUUCAUUAAAGUGUACACUACUGAUACUGUUUGUUGUAUUGGGGAACACCUAGCAAUAAAAACUUUAACAUGCCA